AGCACGCCUAAAGAAGAAGCUGAGCUAAGGUUCUGCCAGCUAACAAGAGAGUAUCAAGCUUUGCAAAGGGCGUAUGCAUUGCUUCAAGAACAAGUUGGUGGAACCCUGGAUGCAGAGAGAGAAGCAAGGACUCGGGAACAACUGCAAGCUGAUCUUCUCAGGUGUCAGGCAAAAAUUGAGGAUCUGGAGAAAGCUCUAAUCGAGAAGGGACAGGAUUCAAAAUGGGUAGAAGAAAAGCAGCUGUUAAUCAGAACAAAUCAGGAGUUGCUAGAGAAGAUUUACAGAAUGGAACAGGAAGAGCAUCAGCUGAAGAAUGAGAUGCAAGAUGCAAAAGACCAGAAUGAGCUGUUAGAAUUCAGAGUGCUAGAGCUUGAAGAGAGAGAACGAAGGUCGCCGGCAUUUAAUCUUCAUAUAACCACCUUCCCUGAAAACAAUGGAAGUGCACUUCAACUGUUCUGUCAACAGGAAGGAAUAAAGGAUGUGAAUAUAUCUGAACUUAUGAAGAAGCUAGAUAUUCUUGGAGAUAAUGGGAAUUUGAGAAAUGAAGAACAGGUUGCAAUAAUCCAAGCUGGAACUGUGCUUUCCCUCUGUGAAAAGUGGUUAAAACAGAUAGAGGGGACAGAAGCUGCACUGACACAGAAGAUGUUAGACCUGGAGAAUGAAAAGGACCUGUUCAGUAAACAGAAGGGUUAUUUAGAGGAAGAACUCGACUACAGGAAACAAGCUCUGGACCAGGCAUACAUGAAAAUCCAGGAGCUGGAAGCCACGCUGUAUAAUGCCCUGCAGCAGGAUCCAGGAAGGCGUGCAAGCGAGUCGCUGACCGAAGCCCAGAGGGAGGAUUUGCGAGCUGCAGUGGAGAAGGUGCGGCGGCAGAUCCUGAGGCAGAGCCGCGAGUUUGACAGCCAGAUCUUGCACGAGCGAAUGGAGCUGCUGCAGCAGGCACAGCAGCGAAUUCGAGAACUAGAAGAUAAAAUAGAACUUCAAAAGAGGCAACUCAAAGAAAUUGAGGAAAAGCAUUCAUUCUGUGGCCUUGAUGACACAACUGAACCAAGACGUGUGCUUAUGGGUUGGAUAUUAGGCUGGGGCACAGUUGAAAAUUACAUUGAAUUCCAAUUACAGAUCCAAUUCCAAAUCAAUACAAAUGUAGCAAAAAGCAAAGGCAUUUCACAGAUGCCAGUUAUAGGGCUAUACUUACUAGUUAUAGGGCUGUACUUACUGAAGAGAGUUUCUGCAAAUGAAGGUGAACUGCAGGCUGAAGAAGUUUUAGAGCUAAAAGAGGCAAAGGAAACCAACCAAACUUAG